GCUCAAGAUAUUUGUCCGUCGCGAGCAUUGGAGUGUAACAAGUGGUUUGGAUUUUGCUUUUCUUUGCCCGUCAGACCACGGGAAUUUUUGUUGUGCUGCUGCUGUGCCGAAGAAGACGUCCAAUUGGAUAGAAGAAGUGCCCCAAACACACGGCCAUUCAAUUAAAUCGAUCCGGAAGGAAGAAUAAUCUCUCAACAUUUAACUCGUGAUCAAAAUAACGCACAACAAUGCCAGGUGUGUUCAAGUACAAAUUAGGUAUCAAUGAAUUCUCAUCGAAUGGAUCGAAUUUGCUUAAAUCCCUCCUUGCGGAAUUCAUCGGGGUUUUCCUGCUGAAUCUCUUUGGGAUCUUCUCCUGCCUCCACGGAACUGCCACUAUGAUCUCAUUCACCUUUGGCCUCGUUGUCUUCAUGGUGGUUUCGUCUCUCGGGCAUGUUUCCGGGGGUCACAUCAAUCCCGCCGUAACUGCGGGUCUUCUUUCCGUGGGGAAGAUUUCCUUUGCACGAGCCAUCUUGUACGUGAUAUCACAAUGUGCAGGAGCCGUUGCUGGUACAGCAUGCCUCAAAGCUCUCGUACCGGAAGCUCAGCAGGGUGGUUUGGGGAUUACAAAGGUGGCAGAGAAUGUUCUCCCAAUGCAGGGACUUGGACUUGAGUUCUUCCUGGGAUUCGUAUUGGUGCUCACUGUUUUUGGGGUUGUUGACGACAAUAAGCCCGAUUCGAAGUACCUUGCCCCAUUGGCUAUUGGUAUGACCGUGACAUUUGGCCAUUUGGCUGGGAUUAAGUACACCGGAGCCAGCAUGAAUCCCGCCAGGACAUUUGGAUCGGCUGUUAUUUCCGGAAUUUGGGAAAAUCAUUGGAUUUACUGGGUGGGUCCAAUUCUUGGCGGUGUUGCCGCUGCUUUGCUCUACGUACAAGCUUUUAUUGCACCUGAACCCGAAGUGGAUCUUGCUGAACGCUACAGGACUCAUGCGGAUGAGAAGGAAAUGGCACGAUUGGAUGGGAAGAGGGAUCUGGCAUGAGAGGGUUGCCGCAUAAGGGGAGUAUGGGGAAAUUUUAGCAAGAUCAAUCCUCCUUGUUGGGCUUGGGAGGGGCGGAAGGAUGAUUCCCAUAUCCCCAAUGAGAUCUCACGAGAAUCUACAACAUUAUGCAUUUUCUGCCAAUUCAUGAAUUUUAUUACUCCUUCACUUGCUCGCGUACUCUCUGUUCAAUAUUCAUAUUUUCAACAAUGUUUGCACAAUGUGGAAAAUACGACAUAAAAGUAUUGCCCUCUGUGUGUCUAUUUACCCUCCUACAACCCCAAUUGAUUGCUGAUGCGUCUUCGCGAGCUAUGUGAAUCACCGUGAACCUCGCUGGAGGCAUCUUGUGCAAAAUCAAUAAAUAUAGAGACAACUUUAUCACUCAAGAGUGUUGUGAUAAUAAAUAAAAGAGAAAAGAAAAAAAAAAGAAUUUUAUUCGCUCUAGAUAUAGAGAAGAAUAAAUAUAAGAGAAAAAUGUUGGUUUUUUUUGUAAUUUUUCAAUUGUUAUUUUAUUAUUUCUCAACAGUAUACACUUCUUAAAAUGUAUGUAAUCAUUAGCGAAUAUAACAUACUGCAUUUUUAAUAUA